UUAAGUUAAUUGUUUUAUACAUAUAUAAUAUAAAAGUUAUGUAUAAUAUUAAUAAAAGAACAAAACAAACAAAAUUUUAAUAAAAGUGAAAAAUAUUAUAUGAAUUUGAACAUAUAAUCAAUAAUGUCGAAAUAUUGUGAUACGUGUUCAUUAUAUUUUCAAGAUGAACAUACCUUGCAAAGUCAUCUUGCAGGUAAAAGACAUUUAAAAGGACUUCAACAAUCUAAAGUCAUGGAGAGAUCAAUUGUUGUUUCUCCAUUACCAAAAUUUAUUCCUGCUCGUAAACUUAUUAACUUUUUUCAACAAUAUGGUGCAAUUAAAUGGUAUCAAUUUCGUCAAAAUUAUCUCACAGUUGAAUUUUAUGACAGAACUUCUACAGAAAUUUUAUUAAAUAAACCAAUUUGGAUAAAUAAUGUAAAAUUGAAUAUACAAAAAAGAAAACCACAUAUCAAUCUGAAAAGAUCAAAAUCAGAGAAAAAAAAUAAUAUCAUGGAAAACAAAGGUUCUAUAAGUUAUGAUAAUAUAAAAUAUAUAUUUGACGAAGGAACUACAUUUGAUAAUCAGUUAAUGAUGUUUUUGAAUGCAAUACAACUUAAUGACAUUGAAAUAGAAACAAAAUAUGAAUCUGUUUGUACACAAUUAAAUGAAAUAUUUAAAGUGAUAUUUCCAAAAUGUAAAACAUAUAGAUUUGGUUCAAGUCAAACAGGAUUAGGUUUUAAAGAAUGUGAUUUAGAUAUAUAUAUGGAUAUUGGUGAACCAAUAAAUGAAAGUAAAAAUACAUCAACAGAUUCAUGGACUAUGAACAAGAUUUUUAAAAGUGUGAAAAAAAUUAUGUACAAAAUGAAUGAUGUUUUUUCAAACAUAAUAGGAAUUCCAAAAGCAAAAACUCCUAUUAUAAAAUUUUAUUAUAACAAAACAAAUGUUUCUUGUGAUAUUUCAUUUAAAAAUAUUUUAGGUAUAUAUAAAAGUUAUUUAAUAAAAUAUUGUUUAUCUCUUGAUAACAGAUUAAAACCGUUAAUGAUGAUUAUCAAAUAUUGGGCACGACAUUUUAAAAUAUCAAAUGGACAAAAAAUAUCCAAUUAUGCUUUAGUUUUAUUAAUUAUCUUUUAUUUACAACAACCAUCUGUUAAUAUUAUUCCACCUUUGAUGGUACUUCAAAAUACAUGUCAACCACAAAUUAUAAAUGGUUGGCAAGCUAAUUUUGAUAAAAAUACAGUAUUACCACCAAUUACAAAUAAGAAUAGUAUUCCACAACUUCUUCAUGGUUUUUUUUUCUUUUAUGCAACUUUUGAAUAUAAAUCACAAAUAAUAUGUCCAAUAGAUGGAAUGAUACAUACAGAAUCAGAGUUUAAAGAAAUAGAAAAUUUACCAUUAUGUAUGAACAGAUAUAAAACAUAUAUAAAAGAAGAUGAUAAUCUUAAAUUCAUUGUUAAUAAACCAAUGUGUGUACAAGAUCCUAUAGAAUUAAGUCAUAAUGUUACAGCGAAUACAAAGUUUUCUACAUUAAAUUCUCUCAUAAAAUAUUGUGCAAUUGGUGCAGAAAUUUGUGCAAUGACUAGUAAAAAUGAUUAUAAAAAUCUAAUAAAAACUUUAUUUACUACAGUUAUAAAAAAAAAAAGUAAUCUUAAAUUUAAUAUUACUAUUUCUGCAAAUCAAUUUCAAUGUGAAACAAAUAAUAUGGAAACAUAUAUAGAUAUAGAAAAAAAAAAAUUUUCCAGAAAAGAUUGGUAUUCUAAUGUUUUUAAUAUAGUAAAAGAUACUUUUGAAAAAGUUUUCAAAUUACAACUUGAAAUAUUUCCAGUUGAAACAGGAAUAAAACAGCAAAAGAUUGAUAUAUUAUCAGAUAUUCAUAUAGAAGAACUGCAAAAUAUUAUAUUUCAUUGUACUGGAUCUCAUUGUGUAUGGCGUAAUAGACGAAUUAACAAUAUUAUUUUAGAUCCCAGUUUAAGUUGUCUUCAAAAGGAAGCUUUUAUAUCAGAACAAGUAGUAGAAAAUUACAAUAAAGAAAAAGGGACAAAUAAAAUAAGUUUAGAUUUUAUAUGUAUGUUUAAAAAGAAAAAUCCUUUAAAAAUUAUUUUAACUUUAAAUAAUAAAAAUUGUGAUGAUCAUAUUUUUCAAGAAUUUGCAUGUUUUGCUAGAGAUAAGUUAGUUGAAAUAAUAAAACAAACAUUAAUACAUAUACAACAAUUUAAUAAAUGUUAAUAUCACAUCUGUAUAUUAUGCACAUAUUAAACUUAAUUUUGGACCAAAAA